AUGGAUCAUGAGGCACAGAGUGUGGUGAUCGAGGCAACGAAUAUGCUCCUGCUGUCUAAAUACAUCGAGCCGCAAGCCGAAGCCCUCCACACACUCUCGCGUUUGUCUCGAUUCGAUAGCUGGCGAUCGAUCAUCGCAGAACGUGGCUGUCUGUACAAUAUGCUGCUGGGGAUCAACGGGAGGCUGAGCGACAGCUCGCGCAAGUGGGCGCUCAAGUCCCUGGUCCACUUCGCCGAUGAUCGCAAUUACCGGUUGCGGGUGGGUGAAGGUGGUCUCUCGUCGAUCAUCAAAACCACCAUCAACAACCCGUACGACGAAGUCAAGGCGCCGGCGGUCACCAUCCUCGCCAUCCUUGCUUCGAACGAUAGCUACAGGAACCGAAUACUGGGCACCAAAGUACUGGACAAGAUCGUCGGCUAUCUGCAGAGCCACAACGAGAAAUUGAGAACGCAAUCGGCCCAUUUGCUGGUGCAUCUGGCCGCCACAGAUGAGUCCCGAAAGCGGGCUGCGGACCUCAAUGCCGUGGAGGCGGUGGUGACCCUGUUCGAUCGGGCGCCUACGGAGAAUGCCCGCCUCUACUCCGUUGCGGCAAUGGGCCAGCUCGCGCUUACAGCGUCGGUGCGGCGCAGGCUGGGCGACAGCGGAGCCGUGGACGCCAUUGGCCGAUACCUCGAGAACACGGCCACCAGCAGCUCGGCCACGCGCGCCCACUGCUUCGCGGCGUUGGUCCAACUCUCAUUCGAUGAUGAGCUGAAGGCGAAAAUGAAGAAUGGCACCCUGUUGGGUGUACUUCUCUCCUCUUCCGAGUCUUCGGAUCUCGAGGAGCAAAUGUGGGCUCUACGCGCUCUGCUCCACCUCUCCCUUGACGGAGACGGAAAGGCCAAGCUCCAGCAGCUGCGGUGCGGCAACGUGAUGGAACAGAUCCGACGACGCACACAGAAGGCCGAGGUGAAGCUCCUGGCCGAGGAAGUGCUCGCCAGCCUCAAGGCCGCGGCCACAUGA